AUGAUACAUUAUUGUAUACACGCGUUUGUGUUUGUUUUUAAUUUAAGUACCCGCAAAUUCGCCGGUAUUGUACUGUCGUAAUAAUAUUAUUGUAACAUACGUAUUAAGAUUUUUACGAUUCGAAUUUCUUCACUCGGUUUGCGUUGAUACACAAUAGUACCCAUUUAAUAUGUAACUGUAUUUGUAAUUAUUAUAUUAUUAUUAUUAUUAUUUUUGACGAUAAAUUAAAGUACCCACUUUUGAUACGUAUUAAAGGAGGGCUUUUGAUUGUUUUUUUUUCUCGAUUUCCACAACGGUUUCGAAUUGUAUUUUGAUAACUAUUGUUGUGCUGCGGGUUUCUGUUUUUACGUUACAUUUUCGCUUAUAGGUCGAAGAAGGACGACGCGGAAGACAUCACAUCGUUGGAAGAAUCUGGUGAAGACGACAAAACUUUUAACACCAGCGUUAUUAUAAGGUAUUUAUAUUAUCGAUAAUACGUAAAUAUUUUAAAAGAAAAAGAGAAGAACCCCUAGUGUUUCGAAAAAUAUAAGUUCCGUGCAUUUUUAGAACCCCCUAUAUAAUAAAUCACGAGUGAAUUUAUUUCCGCGUAACGAAUCUAUGGAUGUUUCUGUAAAACGAACAAAUCCUUGGACUAUAACGAACCCGUUUUCGUACAGUGUGGUUAGAAAUAUUUAAUGUUAUUGCGUAAAAAAUAAAAAUACAAUUUUCCAUCUGAUAACGACAAAAUACCAACGUUCGGAAGACGAAGCCGAUUAAUUACACUGCAGUGCUGGCUGCAAUUCCGACAUUAACGAGGACAAAAAUUUGGAAUUUUUUUUUUUAAUGGAGAUAAAAAAGAUAAAGACGAACAACACGAUAUUCCGAAAUGUUCUCUUUCGAAUGUAUUAGUAAAAAAAAAAAAAAAAACAUGCGAACAUAUUUAAUACUGUAAAAAUCAAUUAAAUAAACUUUUUUUUUUUAUAAAAUUACAAAAACAAUAAACAAACGGAACUCACAGAUUAUUUCCAUUGAAAUUCAAAUAAGUUAAAAUAAAAUGUACCAAAGCAAUUUCUUUUUUUUUUUAAAUUUAAUAUAUUAAUUUCAUUAAUCGAAUAAAAAUAAAAAUCCAUAGUACUAUUCAACAUGAAUAUUUCUUUGUAAUACGAAUUUUCGGUUUUUUGUUGUCCCCCACGAGGCUUCGUUAAUAAUAUACACAUGUUUUACUGCAUUAAAAUAAAAAUAAAAACAAAAGCACAUACUUCGCACGGCGGGUGAGCCAGUGUCGUAAGUGAGAAGUUGGGCAGGUAGAGGGAAAGUUUAAUGUAUAUCUGUACGCAACGGUUAAUCAUUUAUCGAUUAAUCGAUUUGAAAACAACACAUGUGGUAAAUUGUCCCUUUUUUCCCCGUUUAUUAGGGAGACCCCUGGGAAAAUCAGAAAAUUACUUCGCUAAAGUAUCAUCGCAUUCAGAUUUCCCUUCAAGAAAAGUGCUACACUCGAAAAUCGGAAGAAAAUUUCUGGUAGAAAAGUCGUUCAAGGGAAAAAAAGAAUAAACAUCAUUGUAAAACCAAUACAUUCCUCGUUCCACUCAAAAUCUAAAAUCAGACGUAGAAAUAUUUUUGUUGAUUUUUUUCCGCGGUAAACAAAUUACUAAAUUACUAUCGUUAUUUUGAAACGGCUAUCAGCGAUGCACCGUAUCGUAUCCGUAGGUUAGUAAUAUUAUUGGAUUCACGCGGUACCUAUAAAUUACAGCAAUACAAUGGUUUUAUAUUCUGAGUGGAGCGAAGAAGCUUAUUAUGGAUUUACAAAGAACAUGUUUAUUUUUUUGUUUUCUGUGAACGGCUUUUCUACCAGAAAAUCUUGCUCCGAUUUUUAAGUGUAACACAUUUUCUGAACGGAAAUCGGACUGGGGAAGUACUUUGAACAAGUCGUUUUUCGAUUUCCCCAGAAGUUUUCCCAACAGAUUAGAAAAAAACGGGAAAAAAACUUGGGAAAACUUUAGGGAAAACGGGAAAUUAUGUACAAUAUUAAACAAAUAUUAUUAAAGACAAUAUUUAAUGUCUGUGCAAUUAUUUUACCACAAUAUGGCAUGUAUAUCGUUAUCGAAACAACUACACUAUCAGCUGAACUCCACUCUUGAUGGUUUUUUUCGUUAGCAAUGAUGGUUUAUCGUCGCUUACAGAUGUACAUUAAAUUUCUCUUCUACUACCUUAUUCCCGAUUUCUCACCUACAACAGCGGCUGCAUCCGUCCCCAUUAUCCUAGGACAGUUUUUUUUUUUUUUUUUUUUUGUUAUUCGUCACCGCAUACGUGGUCGUGUGUUCGUAACGGUUAUUAUUUAAGAACAGUUCGAACUGGUACGCGUGUUUUUCUAAACGCGGCGGAGGAUGAGCCGAUGAGUGUUGGGAGUGAAAGUCGGGUGCGUGCGUAUAGGUAUACGUCCAUUGCGGUUCUAUUAAACGCAUUACGCAAUGAGACGACGAAGACGCGAGGGGUUCCUCGGCUCGCGUGUAUAAAUUCGUUUUAUAAUCAAAUUUUGUUUUUCUUUUCAAUCAUAUCGACGUACGGAAUCGGCAGAAACUCGUGAGACCGGCCAAAAUGAUUAUCGUUGAGUGCGGCCGCCAGUAUCGUUAUCCAGUGACGACGAAAAGUCCGGUGUAUUGCCAAAACGAUACACGCACACGUUUCGCGUGCAUCCGAAUAUUUAGAGCCGCGUUUUUUUCAAGAUUCCGGGCGCAUUCUAAGACACUUUUUACGUACAGGUGGUGCAGCGCGACCUGUUCGACAUUGUGUUUUCUGAGGGUUGAUCUCGGGAGGGAGUGGGGGGGGGGGUAAAUCCGCCCACCCUCGAAAUUAUUUCCCAGUUACUAGUCUUGCCGGUCAAAUUUCAAAUUAGGCGAUAUUUUUUUCGGGAUGUUGAAUGCAGGAAUUACAAACUCGGAUCGGACGUGCGCGCGAAAUUAAAUGCGGGAAAAUGCGAAUCACGUUGUGAAUCCGUCGUCGAAUGUAGCGUGCAGACGGACCCAGAAAUUCGAAAAUAGGGUUCCUGGUGGACCGCGGGGUGCCGCGCUCGAGCGGUGAUAAUUGAACCGGAAUAACUUAUUGGCCGCGGAAAAAAAACGCGUUUGCGGUCGCGUAGUUGUUAAUUUUUUUUUUUUUUACGUGUAUUCGUUACUAUUAGAAAGUGAUUUCACGCGGGAGGUAAUACUUGUACUUUGUUUUCUGUACACAGGACAGAAGACGAACUGAAGUGUCAAAACGAUUUCUCGUACGACACCGCGACGUUGGCCCGCUGUUACGAUGACAAGGCCUGUAAAGUGUACGGCGACUGUUGCAAAAAUUCCACGUACUACGAGGAGCGCGAGCAAACGUUUAUGCGUCCGCGGGUCAACGCGAGCAUUUACAACAACAGCCUGUACGGGUGUUUCAGGGUGGAAGGCAUGAAUUUCGAGUCGCUGAUCAUAGCCAAGUGUCCGCGGACGUUCGCGGACGCCGAAGCGACAGCCGUGGACCGCGAAAUCCGGAACAAGUGCGAGCACGACGCCAGCGACACUAUAUCCAGAUAUCCAGUGACGAGCGCCGUUACCGGGCACGUGUACAAAAACACAUACUGCGCCUGGUGCCACGGCGACCGGAACCGGGUGGUCUACUGGAAACCGGUGUUCCGGUGUCUCAGCUCCAACGGCAUUUCUAAAGGACCGUUCCAGCUGGAAGACGGGUCCGACCGGACGCUGUUGUACCACGAGGGUCAGUGGUACUACACGGACUACGAUGCCCAGAAGCUUCUACAUUGCGUGUUCGAACUGCAACAGCCCAAAAUAGAAGCCGCGCCAGCAUUGAGGAAGUGCGUCGGCUCCCACGCCGGGCUGGUGGACGGAUGUCCGGCCGGUACGCCGGCUCCGUUGGCCCGGGCCUGUGCGUCAUAUACAUACUACUUGUUUGAGUACAACGCUGACAACGAUGCCAACGUGCGGGCAUUCCGGAACGUGGAAUGCGCCAGGUGUAACAACGUGACGACCAAACAUCUGAAAUGUUCGCCGCCGCCGCCAAAGUUGCGAACCGUUGGGUUCAAUGUGUUAUUCAAGGCGGCUUAUAAGCGAAGCGGGCCGUGCUCCCAAAACGAGCUGUACGACGUUAUAGCCACCCGGUGUCGGGACGUGCACGAAGAGUUACAGGGCGCCUGCCGGAAGUCCGUGGAGUUCAAGGCCGGCGAAUACGACAGCUGGACGGUGGACAACGCGUCGGUAUACGUGUACAAGUACAAAAAACGGAUCCGGUACCAGAAGAUGGGGUCUGGUGGCACGGUAGACGUGUGCAUCGAAGACGCGGACGGCCUGCUUCAUCCGAACACGCGGUCGGUGUACGCGACGUACCUGGUGUACGCUGGAAUCGCGGGCUCGUUCGUGUCUGUCGCGGCGCUAGUCGCCCAUCUGGCACUAUUCGGUUCCAGCGGCACUGAGCCCAAGAAUCUGCCUGAAAAGAACCUGGCCAGCUUGUCCGUCAGUCUGCUGCUGGGCUAUUGCGGCUUCUUGUCCAUCGCGUUAAAGGCUACGCCGGCCGGCUCGGGCUGGCCGUGCCUCACGUCCGCGCUGGCUACACAGUUCGGGUUCCUGGCCGCGUUCUCGUGGAUGUUUAUCAUGUCGGUCGACGUAUGGUCAGUGCUGAACGCGUCGACCAAAAAGCUCCGAGUGGUCGGCGGUCAGCGGAACGGCCGGUUCAUCGCUUAUUCGACGUUCGCGUGGCUCGUGCCCGCCUCCCUGACCGCGUUCUCCGCCGUUUUACAGCUGUCUAAGAACCCGGUGGUGCCCGAAUUCCGGCCAAACUUCCAGUACAACUGCUGGUUCCGGAACCCGCAGUCACUGAUCGCGUUGUUCGUGCUGCCGGCCGGCGUAACGAUCGCCGCCAACUACGUGUCGUUCGUGGGCGCCGUCCGGCUGAUAUCUUCGUCCGGCGUCGACGGAUUCAAGUCGGCCGGUUCCAGUUCGACCGCCGCCAUAAACCGUGCCCGCAAGAACUUCAAAAUCUACGUGCGGCUAUCGCUGAUGAUGGGCCUGGCUUGGAUUUUCGGGCUGGCCGGCGCGCUCACAGACAGCGACGUCGUGUGGACCGCGUACACGGUGCUCAACUCGCUGCAAGGCGCGUUCAUAUUCCUCGCGUUCGACUGCAAUUGGAAAACGGCCAAGACGUUGGUGGCGUUCCGCAAAGUGGCGUCCGUGUCCGACACGCAGACCACCAACAUCACGCCACUGAGUGCGACCAACUAA